UGUUUAAUUGCAAGACAACCAAAAUUGAACAGGCCGGUAGGAGGCAAAAUGAAGCAUUUUUGAUCUGAGGAGACCUGUGCGCGGACCCAACGCCUCAGCAGCAGCAGCAGCAGCAGCAGCAUUCCCAGGUCGCCUUUCUUUCUCCACAGCUGCGAAAGCACGAGAGAGCUGUUCAAGCCAGCAAAAGGCCAGACAGGGGAAGGGGAAAGCAGUCCCUCCAUCAAGCAGAUCAAUGAGCUACCAAAGAUCAGGGGCUGGAAUCGUGUCUGCGUGAAGCGAUCGCCCCGGGGGUGCACUAAAGAGUGUGUGGAGGGGGGACACGUUUGAAAUAAAGACAAUCGGAAUUAAAACGAAGAGAGAGAAAGAGAGCUGGCGAAAAAAGAAGGGGACAAAUAUCCCUGAAAUACAAAAAACCCCAGGAAAGGAGGGCGAUUACAGCGGCGGACUGGCGUAGCGAGUGGGAGGGAGAAGGAGGAGUGUGAGUGGGUGAAGACUGCACAGUUCUGGAGACCCGAUUGUAAAGAGACAAGAACUCUCUAGACACAGGUGUGUGGAUGGCGUGGGCAAGGCUGGUACAGCCGGGGACGUACACCUUCCUCUGGUUGGGCCUAGUCGCUGUGGCAUCGGUGUUCCUACAUGCAGAGGCUGAUUCUACAGGAACCGAGAGCCCCACCAACCAAAACGCAUCAUGCGGGGGCAACUACGUGUGCAAAGAGGGCAUCAUCCUGCCCAUCUGGUACCCAGAGGACCCUUCCCUGGGUGACAAAAUAGCCCGGGUCAUUGUUUACUUCGUGGCCAUGAUCUACAUGUUUUUGGGGGUCUCCAUCAUUGCUGAUCGCUUCAUGGCAGCUAUUGAGGUUAUUACCUCACUGGAGAAAGAAAUCAUCAUUAAGAGGCCAAAUGGUGAGACUUCCACCACCACCAUCCGCGUCUGGAAUGAGACAGUCUCCAAUCUCACCCUCAUGGCUCUGGGCUCUUCAGCCCCCGAGAUCCUGCUCUCCGUAAUUGAGGUUUGCGGUCAUGGCUUCAAGGCUGGAGAUCUGGGACCCUCCACCAUCGUGGGGAGUGCUGCCUUCAACAUGUUCGUAAUCAUCGCUAUCUGUGUCUCCGUUAUCCCACAGGGGGAGACCCGUAAGAUCAAGCACCUGCGUGUCUUCUUCGUGACCGCGGCCUGGAGCAUCUUCGCCUACAUCUGGCUCUACAUGAUCCUUGCUGUCUUCUCCCCCAACGUGGUACAGAUUUGGGAAGGCCUGCUGACCCUGGCCUUUUUCCCCAUCUGUGUGAUGCUGGCCUGGGUGGCCGACCAGCGCCUGCUGUUCUAUAAGUUCAUGCACAAGAAAUACCGGACAGACAAGGGGCGAGGGGUCAUCAUUGAGACAGAAGGUGAGAGGUCUAAAGGGAUUGAGAUGGACGGAAAGAUGGUCAACUCACACUUUUUGGAUGGUGGAGCAGGUAACCUGAUAGGCCUUAUGGAUGGGAAGGAGGUGGACGAAUCUCGUCGGGACAUGAUCCGCAUCCUUAAGGAUCUCAAGCAGAAGCACCCAGAGAAGGAGAUGGACCAGCUAGUGGAGAUGGCCAACUAUUACGCCCUUUCCCACCAGCAGAAGAGCAGGGCUUUCUACCGUAUCCAGGCCACCCGGAUGAUGACGGGUGCAGGCAACAUCCUAAAGAAGCAUGCGGCCGAGCAGGUCAAGAAAAGCAACAGUGUCCAAGAGGUGAGAAUUGACGAGCCUGAGGAGUUUUGUUCCAAGGUCUACUUUGACCCGUGCACCUACCAGUGCCUGGAGAAUUGCGGAGCAGCCAUGCUUACCAUCGUACGUAAGGGUGGUGACAUCUGCAAGACACUUUACGUGGAUUACAAGACGGAGGACGGCUCGGCCAACGCAGGGGCUGACUACGAGUUCACCGAGGGGACAGCGGUCUUCAAAUCAGGCGAGACGCAGAAGGAGAUAAGCAUUGGGAUCAUUGAUGAUGAUAUCUUUGAGGAGGAUGAGCACUUCUUUGUGCGGAUCAGCAAUGUACGGGUGUUGGAAACAGAGGAGCUGCAGUCCGGAAACAGUCUGCCCUUCCCAAAAGCCAUCCUGGGUGUGCCGUCCGUUGCCACGGUCACCAUCCUAGACGACGACCACGCCGGCAUCUUCACCUUCGAGUGCGAGGCAUUGCAUGUUAGUGAGAGCGUUGGUGUGAUGGAUGUCAAGGUGCUGAGGACCUCAGGGGCACGAGGCACUGUCAUCGUCCCCUACCGCACCCUGGAAGGGCUGGCCAAGGGUGGAGGUGAGGACUUCGAGGACACCUAUGGAGAGCUGGAGUUCAGGAAUGAUGAGACCUGCAAAACCAUUCAGGUGAGAGUUAUUGACGACGAGGAGUACGAAAAGAACAAGAACUUCUACAUCGAGCUGGCCGACCCGCGCAUGGUGGACAUGAGUUUGCAAAAAGCUCUUCUCUUGGCACAAGAGGCUGUGGACAGCAAGUUGUCGGUGGAGGAGGAGGCAGCGAAGCGGGUUGCGGAGAUGGGGAAGCCGGUGCUGGGGCAGCACUCGAAGCUCGAGGUGAUCAUUGAGGAGUCCUACGAGUUCAAGAGUACUGUUGACAAGCUGAUUAAGAAGACUAACCUGGCCCUUGUGGUGGGCACUCACUCCUGGAGGGACCAGUUCAUGGAGGCCAUCACAGUCAGUGCAGGUGAUGAAGACGAGGAUGACUCAGGGGAGGAGAGGCUGCCGUCCUGCUUCGACUAUGUCAUGCACUUCCUCACGGUGUUCUGGAAAGUUCUCUUCGCCUGUGUGCCGCCUACUGAGUACUGGAACGGCUGGGCCUGCUUUGCGGUGUCCAUCGGCAUCAUCGGGAUCCUGACCGCCAUCAUCGGUGACUUGGCAUCCCACUUCGGCUGCACCAUCGGCCUCAAAGACUCCGUCACCGCCGUGGUCUUUGUGGCGCUGGGCACCUCCGUCCCUGACACCUUCGCCAGCAAAGUGGCCGCAGUGCAGGACUCGUACGCGGACGCCUCCAUCGGCAACGUGACGGGCAGCAACGCAGUGAACGUGUUCCUGGGCAUCGGCCUGGCCUGGUCCGUGGCAGCCAUUUACUGGAAAUCGCAGGGCAAGGACUUUGAGGUGCAGGCCGGCUCCCUCGCCUUCUCCGUCACCCUCUACACCAUCUUCGCCUUCCUGGGCAUCACCGUGCUGCUGUACCGCCGCAGGGCACACAUAGGGGGCGAGCUUGGGGGCCCGCGCAAACACAGACUCGCCACAUCGGGAUUCUUUAUCUGCCUCUGGCUCCUCUACAUCCUCUUCUCAGCACUGGAGGCCUAUUGCCAUAUACAGGGCUUUUAAAAGGGCAGUCCGGGGGAGCGCGAGAGAGAGCGGGGCCCUUACCCUUUCUCUGGACCCCCUCACUGGGACUCUGGAAAUCUAGCAGCCCACACUUUCAAAGUACGCUUUGGUACAUAGCUGAGUGUGAGGGGAGAGAAAAUAAAGGGAACGCGUCUCCCUCACUGCAAGCGUGUGUCGGGGGAUGUGCACUUGUGUUCUUUAUUUUAUUUCAGCUCUUACAGAAAAAAACGGUUUUUAAACAAACAAAGAAAAGAGAGAUCAAUUACAAAGUCUGUGAAAGCAGAAGUCUAUUUUUUCUCAGAGUGACUGAUAUUUUUAAAUGAAUUAUUUAAAAUAAAAAAGACAAAAAAAAAAGAAAAUCUAAUGAAGUUUCUUCCGAGCUGCCAAUGACCGUACGUUUAAACAGAAAGCAAACGGAAGCAUGGCACAGCUUCAGGAAGAUCUACUGCAGAAUUCAUACACUUUUUUUUUUUUUUGGUUUCAAAGCGUGUUACAGGAUUUGUGGAUUUUAAAAGUGGACACGGUCUGAAGCAAGACACAACUGGACAAAUACAAAUUGCCUGGGACAAAACUUCCAAUAUAUAGUAACAUACUUUCUGUAUAUUUUGGAUAUCCGUUUCUAUGUGUUAUUUACAUAUGAAGGAAAAGAGGUGGCCAGAGAUUGCUGUCUUGUCUGUUAGCUGAAGCUCAUCCCCGUGGAGUUGAGAGUCGCUCUGGGUUUAUAGACUCACCAAUGGGCAACAGAAGUGUAUUCUACAAACACAGUGACUGGUAUUGAGGGCUUCGUAUAAAGCUGGGGUACAGUGGCUGAUCUGAUGGUUGAUAGAACACAUCCACGUUCUCUCUUAGAUUUACAAAUGAUCACCAGAUGCAAGUGCAUGCUUAGUCUGACACGUCUAUGUCCAGCUGAUGCAAAGGUCUUACUGUUCUGUUCUAGAAGCCUAAAACUAAAACUGAAUUGCCUUCCAUGUGGUAAAGAAUAUCAUACUGUACAAACCCUUUGGUUUAGUACUACAUAACUGUAAGACUAAAUAGGUUGGGUUGCAGGUAAUGCUUUCAAAAUUAAUUCUCCACCAUUCUUUGUAGUGCAAGCAGGCAAUCCUUCAACAUAUCUUCAUCUUUAUCAGGUACAUCUACAUUGGUGAAGGCUAACAUGAUAAUAAAUAUGUGCCUACAGGAUGAAGAAGUUCUGUGAAAGAUUCACCUAAUCCUUUAAUACCUGGGCUCUUCUCAUUACCUGGUGGCUAAUGUAGGACAUUACACUGUAGACAGUGAGCGAAGCUGCAGGCUUUAACAAAGGCUUGUUAAAGACACUUCAGACAACCUUAACUAGGGCCCUCCAGCACACUGUCCAAUGGCCUGUGCCAUUGAAACCAUGACAAGGGAAUGAUCCCUUUAGAAUAGUGAACGUGGAGUUCAUGCUGACUGCAGCCCUGUGUCAUUAGUGGGUGAGGGGGCUCUUUUAAACACACCCCACUCCACCGGGGGUUCCUUUAUUGUGGGAAUGGAUAUUCAUGCUGAAUGUCAUCCUGAAUGUAUGGAUCCCAUACCUCCUGUGUUUAAUGCACUACUCCAAUGGCAGUUUAGAAACCCUUGCCGACUCUCAGGUUUACAAGCCAGCUAGCUUCCCACCUCAUGGGUCAUGUGAUUGUCCUUCUGUUUAGUUCCUGGUAUGCGCAAUGAUACACAAGGUACUGUAAAUAGGUCUGCUCUGGUUUUACAGUUCUGGGAGUAUGUUGCUUUUGUUUCCUUCUGUUAGCUUUGAAAGGGCCUUAACUGGCAAGUCUGGACACAGGGUUAGGAGCGGAGUCUCUAAACUAACUCCUGAAUAGUUUGUAAUAUGAUAAACAGAGCAGGGCAGUUUUUUUUAAGCAAAGAAUACCUUCUCCCAUCACCCACCCAAAAUGUGUCUUUGUAAAUAUCUAGUCAAAGAGCACAUUUAAAGCAAUUUAUUUUCUUAAAACUGUUAAAAAAGAGGGUGAUGGAUGAGGGUCUGGAUUAGCCACACUUCUCUAGGUGUGCUCACUUCACAAGCUCAAUGUCCUCGGUUUCCUACCUUUGUACCUGCAGCUUUCACUUUAAAUGGGACUUGUUGACUGUGGAGUGCUGGUGAUGUUUUUAUUUUGUUUAUUGUCUUUGAAAAAAAAAGCAAAACAAAAACAAGUAUUAUUUUAUUAGUAUAAAAAAAGUAAACAAAAAAAAAUCGUUGGCCAACACCAUAGUAUUAGAAGCUCAGCUUCCCUGUAUGUUUUAUCUGCUCACUGCUGCCACACAAGGUCCAGGUUUUAAAGUGGUACUGCAAGCACAGUUUUACCAGAUUCCACUUAGUUCCACUUCAUCACAGGCAUUUUGUACAACAAUCUCCAUCAAUGCACUUUUCCCUGUUGCUUUUUAACUCGUGAAUUUCCUUCAUUCUUUUGUCAACUUCUGCUGGAGGGGUGCAGGAUUCUGAUUGGUGUGUCUCCAGAGGCGGGGCUUAUGGUGGGCAGGUUCCAUUGUUUCCAGUGGGUUUGCAACACAUACGAAGGCAGCUCCAUCCAUUAACGACAUCACUUAUAAUUUAAGCACCCAGAUGUUUGUUAUCCUUUAUUAUUCCCUGCAACGGGGGUGUAGUUAAAAGCGUAUUUAUUCAUGAUAUAAUUCACAAAAAUAUAGUUGACAAAUAUGUAAUUGUUUAAUGAUGAUACAAAAACAUAUAUACAAGGUCAGUUGUACACAUUUAAAAAAAGUUAUUAUAUACAGUAUAUUUAAAAAUAUUAUUAUAUAAAAUGUGUGAUUCACUUCACUAUGAGAGGCACUGCCACUGUGAUUCACUUCACUAUGAGAGGCACUGCCAGUUUGUGUGAUUCACUUUACUAUGAGAUGCACUGCCAGUGUGACUCUCUUUACUAAUGAGAGGCACUGCCAGUGUGAUUCAUUUCACUAUGAGAGGCACUGCCAGUGUGUGUGAUUCACUUCACUAUGAGAUGCACUGCCAGUGUGUACGUGGGUCCUGAUUACUGCAGAGACGCUAGUUGCCUGGUUUAGUUAAUUAUAUAUUACGUACUUAUACAGCUGUGCAUACAACUGAAAGCAAACCAUUUAUAAUACGAAGGCAGAUGAGGAAUUAUAAUUCUGGACACAUUUUAGAUAUAGAUACUGUGAUACAUGCCUACUGUGACUAUGCAGCAUAGACUGUGAUUGAAAUGUUGCACUUGAAGAGUUUGUAUUAUACAGGCAUCAAUAGGAAUCUGAUUGGAUAAGACCUUGUCCAAUGCUGUUCAGAGGCUGUUAGUAGGUAAGUCAAUCAGGUGCUGCAGCCACCUCACAGCCCCGCCCCUGUGUGACACGCUGAGGAGCCUGGAGCGUGCUCAGUGCCUCCUGUCAGACAUGCCUCUAUCCACUCCAGCACUAGAACAGUUGGAUUGUUUGAUUCUUUAAAAUAACAAUAUUCUACCUUGUUUUUUCAGGGAAUUUUGCAUGAGAUCAAUCUAAUUUAUUUAAAUGUACUUACUUAUAAUUUAUUAUUAUUUUUCUUUUUCUCAUUAAGAGUUUGAAAAAAUAAAAAUUGAAUAA